UUUCCGCUGUCCCGUCCUUUCGCUCUUACUGCAGGCCCAAGGACACGGAAACUUAAAAAGUCGAAAAGUGGCAAAGAGGACAAGCGGCCGCGCACGGCCUUCACGGCCGAGCAGCUGCAGAGACUCAAGACGGAGUUCCAGGUGAACCGGUACAUCACGGAGCAGCGGCGGCAGUCUCUGGCCCAGGAGCUCAACCUCAAUGAGUCCCAGAUCAAGAUCUGGUUCCAGAAUAAGCGGGCCAAGAUCAAAAAGGCCAGCGGCUUUAAGAACGGCCUGGCGCUGCAACUCAUGGCGCAGGGACUCUACAACCAUUCCACCACCACCAUCCAGGAGGACAAGGAGGACAGCGACUGAGGAGCCCCGGCCCCGGCCCCCGGCCGCCGACCCUAAGUCCUGGGCCCUGGGACCUGGACAAGACAGUGCGCUCUCCUCCACACACUCUGUACAUUGUAAAUACAUAUGAUCUAAUUUAAUGAUGAGGAUGGGGAGGGAGAGCUGAGCGGAUCUUCAUCAGCGGCUCUCCUCCUCUUCUCCUCCGUGUCCUCCUCUUCAGAGGUGACUGUCCAGCAGAACAGACUGCACCCUUGGACUGACCUGCCACCGCCAAACCAAAGAUUUUAUUGGAAACAGAGCCUGGACACUUUCAAAGACAAUAAAGAUAAAAAAAGCAACAUCCCUCAUUUAUUUCUGUGUCCCUUGAGCUGAGAGUCCAACGGACCCCCCAAUCCCCCCUCCUCUUCCUCCUCCACCUCCCGCCACAGCCCACCCCGGCUGUUUAUGGGCUGUUUCCCCUUCUCUCAGCUCGUGUUGCUCACUGCGCUGCUGCUGCACACACCGGCCCUUACACACCCAAAUACACCCAAACCCCGCGAGAACUGCACGGCCUCCAUCACUCUUUAAUUUGUUUGUUUCUCUCAAACAUCAGACUCCUAAGAACUGUAAUAAUCCUGCAGCACAUUUUACAGAGAUGUCACACACAUUUCUAUUGACACGCAGAUAGCAACAAUGAGACAGCGGAUAUUUUCAAAUCACUGCUGAGCGCGAGACACACACAGGAAGUCCCCCAGGAUUAUUACAUGAAUAUUACAAUG